AGGCUCUCACCUCACCACGGCCACCAAUUAUUGUAUUUACACAACACACGCAUACUCUCUGAACAAAAAAAGCACCACAGUCCACACUACAACACACCACUAUCAAACAAAACUCUUCGUCAUCAUCUCUCUACAGUCAAAUUAGCGGGUGCUCUCUUCUAGGUGGGUCACCGAUGAGAGCUCUUGCUACCUGUUCGUCUUCGUCCAAGAUCUUCGCAAGAAAUAAAGAUUCAUGCUUCUGUUCUUGCCGACAAUUAUGUCCUCAAAUUGGCAUUUUCCAAUCUAAAAACCUUGCUAUUAAUGUUAAAUAUCUCCAUUUAAUAUGCCUUGAACGAAAACCUCCGCACCCAGUUCAUGCAGCUUCUACUUCUGGGUCACAUGAAUCCCAGCAGAGUGAUUUGGAGAUAGCAGCAGAGAGUUUCAACAACCAAGAAACAUAUGAACCAAAGACUGUUCAUGUGAAAAUCCAGCUAAAUAAAGAGUGUUCCUUUGGUGAGCAAUUUGCUAUAGUUGGGGAUGAUCCAAUCUUUGGCAUUUGGGACCCUGAAAAUGCCAUGCCAUUGGAUUGGUCAGAUGGCCAUGUUUGGAUUCUUGAAUUGGAUAUACCAAUUGGGACAACUAUCCAGUUUAAGUUCAUUCUAAAAGAUAUAAAUGGGGAGAUUUUAUGGCAACCUGGUCCUGAUCGAAUCCUGACAACCUGGGAAACUAAUAAUACAAUUGUUGUUAUUGAAGAUUGGGAAGAUCCUAUGGUUCAAAAAUUAGUAGAGGAAGAACCUAGUACUUAUCCAAAUACUGAGUCUAUUGUUGCUGAGAAUUUGACUGUGAACUCAGAAACACUGAUAGCUAGAGAGAAGAAGUUGAUUCCUCAAAGUGAGGAAUUGGUCUCUGAUGUAAACAAUCGAGCCAUCGCUGGUGCUGGUAAUCCUGAUGAGGAUCCAAUCACUGCUGAUAAGCCUAUUGCUAUGGUUGCUGAUGAUAUUAGCAGCAGUAAGGUGUAUCGUGUGGCGAGUUCAACUCAUCCCGAGGAAAUGCUCGGAAACAAAGAAACCCUGAUCAAUCAUGACGAAGCGCCUUUUUUAGUACCUGGAUUACCUCCAUUAUCAACGUAUCACACUGAACCAGAAAUUAAAGACGAAGGGGAAAGAAGUAACACCUUUGAAGUCGAGAAUCAAACUUUGGCAGAGCAAAAAAUCAAUGAAACUACUCCUCGAGUAGAAACAAUCGUGGCAUUCAGCAAAGAGGAGCAGCUUGACGAUGAACUCGAACUCGGGCCAUUAUUCCAUAACAAAAAGCAGAAUGAAUCAGAGUCUCUGGAAGAUAAUAGUGUGGUGCAAAAUGAUAUUCAAUGGGGUCGUAAGACGAUACGGAAGCUGUUAACUAAUUUCGGAUUUCUGUAGUUUAGGAUCCUACAUUUUUAAGCGGCACGACGAACAUGACAGGAGGGACUGAAAUGAUCAUCAUGAUGUACAAAACUUGGCAACUCAAUCCUGAUUAGCUUGAUGUGAAUUUUUGUUUGAGUGAUUCAGUUUUUGUAUCCUCUUAUAUAUGGCUUGUACAUACAAAGAUGUCAUUUUCUUGUGUUGUUAAGUAGAGAUGUUGAAUAAAUAUAGUGACAGUGGAUCUGAUUAUCUACUUGCUCGCAGAAUUUACCCCUUGAA